GUCAUGCAGCGCUCGUUGCAAGGAGCGAGGAGAUCGCUUGGUGCUCGCAUCCUAGGCCUACCUCGACGACGACCCUACCAUGCAUCUCCCUUGGUGAUGUCGACUGAGAAAAUUAUUCCGUCAUUGGGUGAAGGAGUGAUCGAUUCCCUCCAUGACAAGUCGAUCUCGUCGGUCAAGAAGCUCGAGAUGGUCCAAACGUACUUUGCUCAAGUGCCGCCCACCCCCGACCAAAACGAUUUGUACGCGUUGUCCAUCUUGCUGGAAGAGCAGCUAGCGUCUCGCGACAUGCCGAGUGCCCUCGUCAUGGUUGAGUUGAUGAACACACACAAGAUCCCCGCGGGAAAGCGCACCGUGGACCUGUUCAGCAGGAUGUAUGCCCGCCAUCUUGCCGACAACCCCACCAAGAUUUCAGAUGGAUUGGCGUGGUAUGUGGAUCAUCGACAUGCCUUGGUUCCAACGAUCCCUGUCGCGGACAUGUACGUGGAGUUGGUGUCCCGCGGCCACGUGUCGGUGGCGGUGUCGCUGUGGGAAGUUUGCAUGGAGGACCCCCGCCUUACUUGUUUCGUUCCUCACUUGGCGGCCGUCGACAUCCUGGUGCGCGAACUGACUCGCUACGAGCAACUGGAGACCGUCCUCGCCUUGGCGCGAUCCAAAUAUCAAGACCAACUCUGGGACGAUGCUUUUUUUGCGACCAGCGUCAUGGAGGGAUUCAGCGACCGACGAGAGCAUCACGAAGUGCUCAAAGUGCAUGAGAAGCUGACGGCAAGAAACAUCGUCGUCGACUCCCGGCGGUACCAGGUGCUCGUCCGCAAAGCGCAGGUGUACAUGGAGCAUCGAACAGGCACAUCCACGUUGGCUCCGUGGUAGUAAGAACAUGUUGCACUCGAAUAUGAAUUCACAAUUAUCAAUCGA